GUACAAAUUCUCAGGUGGUGAAUGGAGUGCCGCUGGCCGUGGUGAAGCGGGAAGCAUUGCUAAGAACGUCAUGCAUCACGAUGGUGUCAUGCCGGGUGCACAUUGGAUGCGUCAGCCAGUAAACUUUGAACGUGUGAAGAUAACCAACAAUCCCAAUGACACAAAUCCGAGUCAUACUAGAGGCUAGUU